AUGGAUCCAUCAAUCGAGUCUGAAGAAAUCGGCACUUCCGUCCCAGAGCGACCUUCCUGCCAGGGGUGUCGCCGCCGAAAGCUCAAAUGCUCACGUGAGUCACCGACGUGCUCUCAAUGCGAGCGAUUAGGUGCUCCAUGUGUGUAUGAUGCCAAAAAAGGUAAGCCGGGCUUGAAGACAGGAGCUGUUGAAAGCUUGAGUCGACGUAUCGAAGUACUUGAGGAUGCGCUACUUCGAGGAAAAGAAAACAACGGUGGACAUGCCAGCAAUGACUGUCGGUCGCACAGCCCGGGAAAUGAACGUUUAAAUGGCGUGGUCAACCUCCUUUCUACCGUUUGUAUGGAGCUUUGUAAGCUCAAUAAUCGAAAUGAGACCAGGGCCAAUGAAACGGAUUUCAACACUAUACCCCGCCCGCCCUAUCAUGGGGUGUCGGUCGAAACACCCUCCCAGCCAUCAACUGCACCAGAUGGCUAUGAAACACACGGCUCACCUUACACUCAGCCACGAAAGCGAAGAAGAAUUGACAGCUGCGGAAACCCUAAGAUUGAGCUUGCUUUACCUUUGGAGGAUCUUCUCGAUGCCACGACCAGUCUUCCUCCCCCAGAGCUACUGGAAAAUAUUGUCACUGGCUACUUCAUCAACAUCCAACCAUGGAUACCAAUUCUCCACGAGACUCGAUUUCGAGCUCGAGUACAUGAUCCAGAGCAGAGGACCCGUUUAGUCAUUGUCAUCCAUGCGAUCAUUGUUGCAGCUAUUCGCUUUGCACGCCCCGAAGUCCACGGUCUCUCGGCAGCAAACGUGGAGUCCCAGACCAAAACUUCUAGGAGCAUCGUAGUCUUGAAUGCCAUGGACAGUCUUUCCGUCGAGAAUCUCCAGGCUUUGACAAUUAUAGCUUUCGACGACAUUGGAAAUGGAAACACAUCCAGAGCAUGGUCAAUAGUGGGCUCCUUGACGCGAACUGUGGAGUACCUCCGGCUUAGUAUCGAAGAUGAGGAUGAUGACACGCAGAGACUAUUGAAGCCUCUCUUAUCCUUACCACCCUCCAAGGAAUGGGUCGAAGAGGAAGAAAGACGAAGGGUCUUUUGGAACAUAUUCAAUUUGGACCGUUUCUGCUCCGUUGCAACUGGUUGGAACACAAGCCUUACUGCAGAUGAUGUACACAGACGACUGCCUGCCGAUGGUGGCUUAUGGCAUCGAGAAGAGCAAGUGACUACGCCCUUCUUUGGGAUUUGGGAUAGGUCUGAAGCACGGAUUGGCAACUCGAUCGCUUUUCUCCCUGCUCAGUACUCGAGCAACCCAAAGAGUCCUAAACCAGCACCCGAUACCAAUUCACCGCACAGCUCGCCGCAAGAUAUUGCCCAUUCUGUGACCAACUCGGCGCAGCCAGACAUGUCAACUGUCGGAGCUUUUGCAUACUGUAUCGAGGCAACCGAAUCUCUGAGUCGCGUCACGACCUUCUUUCUCCAACAGAAAAUCAAUUUCCAGGACCGAAGGGAGGUCAGCAGUUGGUUGACUCGAUUUAAAGAACUGGACCUUCGCCUAGUACAUUGGAAAAUGUUCCUGCCCCAGAAAUGGAGGGACUCUAAUAUAUCACGUCAACCGACGUUAAUACACAUGGACCCAAACUUGACCCUAACACAUGUCACUCACAACACCUCCAUGAUCCUUUUGCAUCAACGUAUCGCCUAUCCGCCCGCUGAGUGGGCCAAUAUCGUUCGGCUUCCAAGUGUCUGUAGCGCCGAGACUUGCCAGAACGCCGCAAUUGAGAUCCAAAACAUGACGGCGAAAUACCUCAGCAACACCCCCGAGUCAUCUCCAGUCAGCAACCAAUUCAUAUUCUGCGUUUUUGUGGCAGCAAGAGUUCUUCUAGUGCAUUGGCGUUAUUACGGAUCAGAUCUUGCCCAGGAAAUGUGGGAUCUCGUCAACAGUCUAGAUCAAAUGGCUUGUCGGUGGCUGGGGUCCAGCUCAUCGAAUGGCCGUUGUCUUGCAAGCACCUACGCAGACCAUCUACGUGAUUUGCACCAACGUUGCAUUGCCGCUCCCCAUUUCAGUGUUGAUGUAUUGGGAUACUCUACCGUAGUAUCAAAUAGUCACGCGCAAUCCUCGGCCCGAUCAACAACCACUGGUCGCACACCUACAGAACAGCAGAAUCACCAGUCACGCAAUGAGCGUCCUUACAACACCAGCCCUGCCAUGUUCGCCAAUUUCAAUGGGACCCGCACUUCAACGGGUCAAGAAAUAUCUCCGUCUGAGCCUCACUGGGGCAUGGCAAAGGAGAAUCUGAGUUCAAGACAUAUGGCCACCAGUUUUGUCGAAGCUGGUGUAGGGUCGCGAGUUGCGACGGGAGCCACCCCGGAUGUGGAUUAUUCAAUUAACUGUGCGCCCCCGGCGGAUGAGCUUUCCAAUAUCUCAUAUCUGCUGUUGGAUCAAAGAUUUAUGGAUAUGGAUCGGGUGAUAAGUCUAGAUGACAUGAUGUUUUCGACGAAUAUGGCAGCGUCGAUGAAUGGACCGACUGGUUGA